AUGCUGCUCUCUCCGAAGGGGCUGCUCCGCCUCGUUAGCGCCGCCGUGGGGCUCAUGCUCUUCAUCGUGGCGUGCGUGGGCUUCAACACGUUGAAGUUGUCCGUCUAUUCAGUCGACAGCCAGGCCGAGUUCGGCUGCCUCUGCUUCCUGGGCGUGUGCUUCGGCCUGCUGCUGACCUUCGGCGAGUCUAAGUGGGAGCUCUUCUUCUUCUUCUUCGGCUUCAUGCGCUACCGCCUCGGCCGCGCCUGCAUCUUCGCCGUGAGCGGCGUCAUGACGGCGCUGCUGGGCAAGACCCGCGACCAGCAGUGCGACUGCAGCGACAACGUCAUCCUGAUUGUCGAGGGCGUGGCGCUGCUGGCCAUGGCCGUCAUGCAGACGCUCGCCAUCUUCGUCUUGGGCAACAACAGCGCCCCGCGGCGCAGCAAGGACUCGAUCCCGACGGUGCGCGUGCCCCCAGCAGCGACUGCGCUACCAGUUACAGCACCUCGGAGCACCGCAUUGCCCAACGAGACCGCCCCGUUCCAGGCCAUUAUCCAGCCGGUGCAGCAGCCGAAGCCUACAACUCAACCGACAGCUCUACCCGUGCCCACGUCGCCUUCGAGCCAUGCAGACAGCAACUUGCCCUCCUGGAUGCACACACCGUGA